CUGGCGUCAUCAUGUCGUCAGUUCCUUGUUAUGAACUUCAGCGCAGAGAUCAGAUCAGACGAGACUGCUGCUGCUUGUCAGUGUAGCUCGUGCACAACUCCGGGCCGCUCUUUUCCAGCUGUUUCACCAUAAAUACCCGCGGUUCACUCGCGAUAUUUGCUCUCUAGCACAGAAUGGCAGUGGACUGGUGGGGCUUCGCCUAUGCUGCAGCUCUUGCUCUGGGCGGCUUUAUGGGCUAUAAAAGAAAAGGAAGUGUGGUGUCAUUAAUUGCCGGGCUCUUCUUUGGAAGUGUGUCUGCGUAUGGAGCAUAUAGAAUAACAAAUGAUCCACACGAUUACUGGAUCUCUCUGAUUGCCGCCGGUGUUCUGACUGUUGUGAUGGGAAUGAGAUUCAGGAAAUCUGGGAAAUUAAUGCCUGCAGGAAUCAUGGCAGGGCUGAGCCUCCUCAUGGUUUUGCGACUUUUGAUCUUCUAAGAGCUCGUGGACAGACCACACGAGGACCUUUCCCACAACAUCUACUGGACAGUUUACAUCAGCAUUAUCACUUUUUAUCAACAAAUUGUAUCUUGUACAUUCCAAAUAAAUCUGUCCAUUUUA